CCACGUGCUGGUCGUGAUAAGGAUGACGACCGUUAUCCACCCCGGUUCAACGUUCCUCUUUGGGAUAGACGUAUUCCGAUCAACGAUCCUCUUGCCAUCGAAUGCCAUGUGGAUGCGAAACCCGUGGCUGAAAUCGAGUGGUUCAAGGAUGGUGAGAGUAAACUGGAAGCUAGUGAAGGCAUCGAAAUUCGAAACACCUCUGAUGGAGCCUGUCGUGUGCGAAUCGCCAAAUUCGGAAAGGAAGACGUCGGUGUCUAUCUGUGCGUGGCCAAGAAUCCACUCGGUGUUGCCGACACUAGGUCGACGUAUUCUGUUGAAGUGAUGGAAAAGGAGGAAGUAGUAGAAAAGAACGAGUACGCUCCACGAUUCAACCCAGGACUCGAAGACAGAACUGUGAAUCUUGGACAAAGCAUUCACCUUUCGUGCACUGUUGAUGCGAUUCCAAAAGCCGGCGUAAGUGAUGAAGGCGCUUAUCGAUGUGUGGCCUCGAAUGAACAUGGAUCUAUCAACACCGGUUGUAUGGUCACAGUCAAGGUGCCAAAGGCUGAGGCAAAGAAAGAGGGAGAAGAGCCGUUCUUUACCAAAGGACUUGUUGACAUUUGGACCGAUCGUGGUGAAUCAUUCACGUUGAAAUGCGCUGUUCAAGGCGAUCCCUUCCCGGAGAUCAAAUGGUACCGCAACGGAAUCCUGGUACGUGACUCUCCAAGGACGACGAUCGAAACGUCUGCGGAUGGCAGCUGCACCUUGACAGUAAAGGAAUGCACGAUGAGUGACGAAGGUAUCUACAGAUGUGAAGCUGAGAACAAGCACGGAAAAGCGAAAACCCAGGCUACGGCACAUGUCCAGGUCUCACUUGGCAAAGGCGAUAUGCCGAAACUCGAAAUGGGAUCACCUCCAAGGUUCAUCAUCCCUCUCGAAGACCAGACAGUUCUCAUCGGUGGAGUUAUCGAUCUCGAAUGCAAGGUCACCGGAGAACCGAUGCCGCAGGUGAAAUGGUCCAAGGAUGGUGGCCCAAUUUGGGAAGACUCACGUUACGAAUGGGACAUCGAUGAGGCAAAGAGGUAUUUACCACUACGGAAUAAAUCGCACAGUUGCACGGACGAGGCACAUUCGAUGGUGUUGCCACAA